GCGAGGAGCGCUACAUCUGCUGGUACUGCUGGCGGACCUUCAAGUACCCCAACACCCUGAAGGGCCACGUCCACUUCCACUGCGUGCUCAGCCACGGCCGCUGCUUCCUGGGGCCGGAGCCCGUCCGCGGGCCGGAGCUGUUCAGCGCGUCGCCGAAGCCCGCCUCGGCGCCGGCCACUUUCCGAGCCCACCACCACUGCCCCAGCGGGGCCCGGGACAGUAUCAAACGGGAGUCGUCCGGCUCGCCGCCGCCGCCCCGUCGCAAGGCGGCCAAAGAGGAGCAGGAGCGUGCCCUGGACAUGAGCGUGGCGGCCGGGCGGGGCCCGUUCCUGGGGUUGCUGGGCAGCGGCGCGGCGGGCAGCAACGGCCUGGCUUUCUACCCCGGGGUGAGGUCGGCCUUCAAGCCUGCCGGCCUGGCCAAAGGCGGCGCUGCCGAGGCGGCCUUCCGAGAGGAGGCGAAGCCCCGCCCGCUGCUGUCGCACUUCGAGGAGACGUCGGCCUUCAAGCACGUGGAGCGGAGCCUGCACGCCAGCCUCUCGCCCCCGGCCGGCCGCUACCCUCCGCUGCCAGGCGGGGUCGGCCUGCCCUUGGAGCGCUUCGCCGCCGCCCUGCCGCCGCCCUUCGACGGCCUCAAGCCCUACGCUGCCGCCGCCGCCUCGGGGGAGUGCCCCCUGCCGCCCUUCCUGCCCUUCACUCUCUAUAACGGCGAGCUGCUCUACAGCGCCCCCUACUACCCGCUCAAGCUCCACUUCGGCAACCUCCUCAAGUACCCGGACUCCGUCUCGUAUUUCAACGGCGCCGCGGCCGCCGCCGCCGCCGGCCUCAACCCGGCCGAGCUGGGCUCCCUGGCCAGCAUCGACCGCGAGAUCGCCAUGCACACGCAGCAGCUGUCGGAGCUGGCGGCCGAGAAGAGCCGCGGCCGCCUGGAGAGCCUCCCGCCGGCGCCGUCGGGCCCGGCCAACGGGAAGCCCAAGACGGGCCACCUGUGCCUCUACUGCGGCAAGCUCUACUCGCGCAAGUACGGCCUCAAAAUCCACAUGCGGACGCACACCGGUUACAAGCCGCUCAAGUGCAAGGUCUGCCUGCGGCCCUUCGGCGACCCCAGCAACCUCAACAAGCACAUCCGCCUCCACGCCGAGGGCAACACCCCCUACCGCUGCGAGUUCUGCGGCAAAGUGCUGGUCCGGCGCCGGGACCUCGAGCGGCACGUCAAGUCCCGCCAUCCCGGGCAGAGCCUGCCCAAGGGUGGCGGCGGCGGCGGCGGCGAGGACAGCCCGGACCCAGCCGCCGCCGCCGCGGCCUACCCGCCCCAGGAACCAAAGACUGACAAUGGCAGCGGCAGCAGCAGCGGGGGUGGCAGGGCCAAAGAGCAACAAUGA